GCCUGUCAACGCGAAGAGCUCCAUACCCACUUCAAGUCUUUGCAUGGAGCCGCUCUCGUUCGCCGAGGCUGCGCGCCGCGUGGGCGUUAAGAGGGACGUCUUCUUUCGCCGCGUACUCGUAUCAGACGCCGAUGUGCAGCAGCAGAUGGCCGCGCGGAUCUCGGACGAGCUGCAAGAGCUUCUGGACGGCGGGGACGCUACACUCGUGACCGACUUCUUCCCCACCGCUCUACGCUUGACAUUGGACGCGCCCUUCCCUGCUAUCCGUGAUGUGCUCGCACAGGUCGUGGACGUUGUUGAGCAAAAGUUCCCCGAGACGCAAGAACUGCGUGCACUCCAGACACGGGUAUCGCACUUUUUCCCCAACGGCGAUGCUCCCGAGGACGCCGAUGCCGAGCCUGUGCCGCGCACCUUCCUUCGUACAGGCCGCGUGACGCAUCUCACGCAGAUCUUGGCGUGGCACCGCACCUACCUCGCGCUGUUCGACCGCAGUCUGGCUGCUACGAUGACGCGUGACGGUACGUUGCCGCUUCAAUGGCGCAGCUACAUCGCCGUCAUGGGCGCCAGUGAGAUCCGGUGCCACUACCUGGCCGAUCUGCAGCAAUACAACUUCGUACUCUUCAGACUGCACGAACUGAGCUCGUUAUUGGCGCAUCGCCCCUGGCUUUUGACUGCCGAUCACGUGGCGGAGCUGCUUCGCUCGGAUCAGGCCGACUCGUGGUCCGUCUCGGAGCUGGUACACGCCAUUAUUGUGCUCUGUCAGGCUCACUCCAUGGCCAGCAUCGCGCUGGGCGUCGGCUGUGCAGAAGAAGUGGAUCUCGCAGUCUUUGGACAGUUCGGAUACGCUUUAGACGCCGAGGCGGCCUCAGCCGAGGGCGUGGACAACCAGGAAGCAAUAGACGCCAGCAGCUGCAGCAGCGUCGACCUGUCGACCAUCGACCGCGACGACGAGAUGCUGCUGAAACAGCUGAAGAAGAACAGCGGACUGGACAGCGACACGGCCGACGAGGAGGAGGAAGCAGCUGAUGGGCAACUAGGAGAAGAAGGAGACGAGGAAGAAGAAGAUUACGCAGCUGACGGCUUCGAGAUCGCCGUGGAUGAAGCCGAUUACGGGAUCAACGCUACCGUUGGACGCAGGAAAGACACGUUGUGGAGAUUCUGUGGGGGCAGCGCCAUUCGCUAUACGGACUUUGACGUGCGGUCGGAGGAGUACGAAGUGCUGCACACGGAGGAUUUCAGCUGGGACGAGCACUGUUUCUCUCUUGUAAAGAGGUAUUUCCCCGGCGAAGCUGGCCAGAUCCUUGAAGACCUGUUUAAUCUGACGAGUAAGCUCACGUAUGACUACUUUGGGGCGCAGAAGGAGGAGUUUGUGGACACGGGUCCCUAUCGUGACGCUGUGUGGUAUUAUGUGCACCGUAUCUUCGGCAUUUGCCACGACGACUACGACUACAGACAGGUGAACACGUAUCUGAACCGACCGACCAAGAUUUUCCUCAAGAAAGUGGCGUGUACCCCCUGGAAGGUGCGAGAGGAAGACUUUGCCCACUUCGAUCGUACGCUCAGUCCGUCGGAGAAGUGUCACGUCAUUCUGCUAGUCGCUGAGGCGCGCAAACAGGCUGGACUCAUGUAUGGUCUGCGCGCUGUGAUGAACCACAUGCGCUGA